AUGAAGUCCGUUUGUGCUAUCUUGGCUCUUUUCUCUCUUCUUUUGUUUGCCAAAACUAUAGAGUCAAGAAGAGAUGUCGGGAAAUACUGGAAAAAUGUCAUGAAAGAGCAACCUAUGCCACAGGCAAUUGAAGGCCUCCUUAUUGAUAUUUCUGAUUCAACACCAAAGGAGAAAGCCGAUUGCCAUGAAAAAGUGAAAAAACCUUUUGUUGAGGUUGAGGUUGAGGUUGAGGAAUUUGAACCCAGACCCAAUGUCUCAUCCUACAAUGAUGAUGAAACUAAAGCAGAGCUCUCUUCCAAAGACAAUGCUGGUCCUAAAGCCAAGCAGUCAUUUGCAGCAAAAGAAGAUAAGCAGCCAUUUGAGGAAGAUUUUGAGCCAAGGCCAAAUGUUUCGGUUUACAAUGACUAAGAGGUUGAAUUAUUGCAAUUAUGGUGGUGUUAUUGUAAAAUAUAAUAAGCAUGCCGGGCAUGUACGUAGCUUCUAAGCUUCUAUGUACUAAAAAAAA